CGUGGCAUGGUAUCAAACAUUGCAUGCCUGUUGGGCUAGGCUUAUUCAUACCAGAUAAAAUAUUUAUACCUCUUGAAAUGAUUCCACAGAAAGGAUUGCCAUUCCUAAAAUAUGGUUGAUUAUUUUGGGAUUGUGAAUUCAACCGUAUUGCGUGUUGCCUGCUGAAUCAUUACAAACAAUGUAUGGAACAAAAAGUUACGAACAAUAUACACAUAUGUUAAUCCAAGUUAUUAUUAAUCAAUUGUUUUUAAAGGAAUGUCUAUAUAACAUUUGGAGCCAGCGUAUUGGAAGACGCAAUCGAGAGAUCGCUAUGGAGAUAGUGUAUUGACCAACGGAAGGCUAACAUCACCGUCUUCUACUGGAGUGAUCUAGGUGCCUGCAUCCAGCUCUGCAGCGAUACACUAGAGCCGCCACCGCCACAGCCACACUAGGAGGCUGGAUGUACCAUCUCGUGUAACUACUCCGUACUUGGUCACCAGGCCACGUUGUGCUCAUACAGGGGUUAAAGGUUAAAUCCGGUUAUUACCCAAAAGUCAGGAGUACUCUCUUUCAUCCUUCAGGAUGUUUUUAUUACGAGCAGGAUACCGAAAGAUACCUGUUUCCAAGACUUGCGGCGAUAUCUGACAAAAGCUUAACCCUGCAGAGGAGUCAGGGGAAUAUAUGAUGAGCCAAAAGGACGAAAUGAAGCGUUUACAGUGUCUUCAGAUGGAGGACAAAGCACAUGUGCUCCAGGAUGAAGAAGGUCUGGAUUCGGGGGGAACCCGACAAGAAGGGAGUUAAGAACUUGCUCAUCUACUAUGCUCGCCAUUCUACCAUGCACGGUAUCCCUUCUAUCGUCGGGUCGCGCCUAUACAAGGGACGCAGCAUAUUCUGGUGUAUCGUUGUCAUGGUGAUGGCCAUUCUGCUUGUGACGGUCAUCUACUGCCAGAUGUCGGAUUUCUACCGUUACCCUACCGUGACCAGUGUCAACGUCAGGUACGUCGACGAGGAGGACUUCCCCGCCGUCACCAUCUGUGAUCUCAACGUUUUUAACAAACAUUUUAUGGAUAAAAUGGAUAAACGCACGCAGAUGGCCAUGCCCUUACCUGACUGAAAUAUCAGGCAUAUUUCAUCUUGUUGGGAAAAUAUUACUGGACAAAAUUCUGAAAAAUGAAGGAAUACCACCAACGAAUGAAACUGCAGACGACGUUGUCGACGCAUUACUCGACGACGUGCAGAAACUAGUGGUUGGAUCGGGGUUAAAGUGUGCAUGGGGGGAUUACUAUUGGGAAGACUGUGGGGAUGCUCUGACCACACGGAUUACAGAAAUGGGUUUGUGUUUUACAAUAAAUACUCGGAACCUCACUCGUCGGAGUAAUGGACAAAAAAUGAAUGCGGUUGGAAACUCCUUACGUGGCCUGAGUGCUCUGGUGACCACGGUCAGGGAUGAUAUACCUUAUCGUCUAUACCAGUUUGAAGGAUUUAAGGUUGUCCUCCACGACCACGAUGAGGAUCCACUUCCGCAGUCCCGGGGAUUCGUCGUCGGUGCUAACUGCUCCUCGGAGGUCGAAAUCACCAAGACUGUCAGAAUCGGGCUGGAACCUCCAUUCAAAGCAUUCGGUGGUUCCACCUGUGUGGACACGGACAGCGCCAAGUUUAUGAAUCCCCUGAAGCGGUUCGACUAUUACUCGAAAGAGGCGUGCGAGAAGGAAUGUUUCUUUGAUUAUGUUAUCAAAGUCUGCGGAUGUCGACAUUUCCUCCAUCCAGGCAACGAGACGCUUUGUUCGAUGGACCAACUAGCUGUGUGUUACAGACUGGCUGAAGCUAAGUACUACAGAGGGAAUGAAGACCGAGACGUUGAGAAGGCUCCUUGUGUGUGCCCGCUGCCGUGUAGGGAGACCCAUUAUGCUGCAGCUGCCACUUGUACCAAGUUUCGAGCAACCAGCUUCUUUGAGAGCAUAGUUCAUGAUCUAGGCGCGGAUGUUGUGACGCUUCACUUCUUCUUUCCUGACCCUGUCGUCACGACCAUUGAACAAGUUCCAAUAUACACCGUUGAGGGACUGCUAGGUUCCAUUGGCGGACAGGUUGGACUGUUCAUGGGAUUCAGCCUCAUCACUGUUGCUGAGAUGUUUGAGCUGAUUUUCUUGCUCUGCACUAGAGGACGUCAUCUCAGAGAAGAGCGACGAGGCAACAUGCAACAUACAUACGGGGCACGCCACGCCUUCUGACCAAACGCUGGCACCGUUACAGCCGUCUAGGAAAUGGCGGAACGUGACGGAACAUCUAUAAAACGAAACAUAAUAAGUUCAUAUUUUGUUAAAUGAUUCUUUCAAGGUUUAGUUUUUGGACAUUCUGCUAAAGCAACACACAAUACAGACGUGUCAAAAUUGUAUGUUGGUCGUACAUAAAUGUCGAACAGCGGAAGAAUGCUUAACUGUCAGAUUUCAUACUUCAGCUUGGUUGAUUGAGACCCUCUCUGUCCAUCUGGACUCAACGUCAGUGAGUACGUAACGAUGCUCUCCUGUGUCGGAGACGGGACUUGUAACAUGUGCGUAUGGUUUGCGGGAUAUUACGUGAUUGCCCGGGGCUCAUUUACUACAACAAGUGUUUGCGCGACAUCGUUGAUGGUUAAGGGUCGUUGAUGGUAAAGGGUCAAGAUGAGUGACGAUAUGGACCCCACAAAUGAUGAAUACACCGAAAUAUUACCAUGCCGUGGAUAUAACGUCACUGAGACACUGAAACUCGGUUUUGUUCAAUUUCCAAUGCAAAUGUUAUCAUCCAAUGACAAUCGUGAGACUUGUUUCAAAGGUACCUGGCACAAAUUAAA